AUGGAUGAAAAAGUCCUUGUAACGGGAGCUUCUGGCUAUAUUGCCAUGCACAUUGUCAACAUCCUCCAAUCAGAGCGGUACCAUGUGGUAGCUACGGUAGACUCUCAACAGAAAGCCGACCGGAUUUCGUAUGCGUUUGAACAUUACUACCCAUACGCCGUGUUGGAUGUAGUUAUCAUCAACGACACAGCAACACCUAAUGCGUUUGAAGAUGUGUUCCAAAAACAUCCAGAUAUCCAACACGUAAUUCAUACGGCACCUCCAGCGUCUUUGGGAGAAGGAAACACCACCGAGUCGGCAUAUUUGACCCCUGCAACGGAAGGUACCAGAAACGUUCUUGAAUCGAUCCGAAAAUUUGGCACAAACGUUAAAAGGGUGGUUGUGACGUCUUCGUUUUCUGCACUUAUGGACCUGGACCGCGCUGGUGAUCCCAAAUGUGUCAUUUCGGAGGAGUCGUGGAACCCAAUCACUUGGGAGCAGGCCAAGGACAAAGACAGCAAGGCGUAUUCUGCAUCCAAGAAAAUUGCAGAACAAAUGGUGUGGAAGUUCUACAACGACAAUAAAGAUUCUGUUGGCUACACAGUGACGACUGUGAACCCUCCUUAUGUUUUUGGGCCCCAUGUUUUCGAAUGGGGGCUGGAAAGUGGGGAGUGGAAUACCACUGCGGAGUUUAUCAAGAAAGCCUUAGAUUUGACAUCAAAGGAUCAUGGGCCUUUCAUCAAACCUCGCGGCAUUAGCUGUGAUGUGAGAGACGUAGCGUUACUGCACGUUCUACCACUCAGAAAUCCAGAUUUGGCCGGGAAGCGAUUAUUCCCGGUAAACGGAACUGGGAUCAAGCAACACAGUUACGAAGAUGGGAAGUUUAAUUUGCAGAGAAUUGUGAAUAUUCUGAGUGCAACGUUUCCGGAGUUGGAGAACAAAUUGCCCGCAGGCUCGCAAGUGGAAAAUCAAGCAAAUAUCGACCAGCUUGCACGCUACAAUAACGAUGAGACCUGUAAUUUAACCGGCAUGGAAUUCAAAUCUUUUGCAGUCACUUUGCGAGAUGCCGCGAAUCAAAUCAUCAAAGUGCAGUCCAAAAAGGACUAA